AUGAGCAGAACGAGCAGUGCGGAUAGGCCUGGUGCCGCUGCUAGAAAGCACCUUGGAGAGAUGGCAGUUCUCCCCAUCGCCACACCCCCUACCCACAAAACGUUGACACAAGGGGAGGAGGAUGAGGAUGAAGAGGAGGAGGAGGAGGAGGAGGAGGAGGAGGAGGAGGAGGAGGAGGAGGAGGAGGAGGAGGAGGAGGAGGAGGAGGAGGAGGAGGAGGAGGAGGAGUAG